UAUCCAUGAAAAAACAAAAACAAACUCCCGCUUAACUGAAAAAAGAUUUUAAUUAAAAACAAAAUCUGAAAAGAUUCCUCCCUCCAACGCAAAUCGCAAAACCAAUUUUUGGAUCCAAAAAAACACGCUCGCUUCCACCAAUUUUCAAAUUUCGGCCCGCCACACUCUCAAACAUAAACACCCCUCUUCCCCCUUUUAUAUCUAACGGCUCUGUCGUAUUCUCAAUUCACGAUUUCUAACAUCAUCAUCAUCAUCGUCUCUCUCUCUCUCUCUCUCUUCCCUCCAAAUUUCGAAUUUCAGAUCCAUGGCUGCUUCCUCCUCCGAUCCUCCUUCACGACACCACACUUACGACCGUAAACAAAAAUCCCUUGGCCUCUUAUGCACCAAUUUCUUGAGCUUGUAUAACAAAGAUGAUGUUCGUUUAAUUGGUCUCGACGAUGCUGCCGCCAAAUUAGGUGUUGAGAGAAGACGGAUCUAUGAUAUUGUCAAUGUUCUCGAAAGCAUCGGGGUUCUUGCAAGAAAAGCCAAGAAUCAGUAUACCUGGAAAGGUUUUGCGGCAAUUCCUGUUGCUCUACAGGAGCUUAAGGAAGAGGGUUUAUGGCAGAAUCUCAAUUCUUCACAAGAAGGUGCCAAUGAAGAUGUGAAGGUAUCGGAUGAAGAGGAUGAGGAUGAAUUGUUAUCCCAAACCACUGGAAGUCAGGGUGAAUCAUUAUCCCAACCCACUGGAAGUCAGAAUGACAAUCUAAACCCUAAUUCCGCUUUUCCCAGAUCUUUGAAAAAUGACAGAAGGGAAAAAUCUCUGGCGCUGCUUACUCAGAAUUUUGUCAAGCUCUUUGUCUGUUCCAACCUGGAAAUGAUAUCGCUUGAUGAUGCAGCAAGGUUGUUGCUUGGAGAUGCAUAUAAUUCAUCAACAAUGAGAAUUCCAUCUGGCCUUGCAGCAAAAGUCAGGCGCCUUUAUGAUAUUGCAAACGUGCUAACCUCCAUGAACCUUAUUGAGAAGACCCAUACCACAGAUACAAGAAAACCAGCAUUCAGGUGGCUAGGCUUAAAAGGGAAGACAUUGAAUGAGGCAUCACUUUACAAUUCAAAACAAAAUGAGUCUAGGAAAAGGGCGUUUGGAAAUGAUGUCACAAACAUAAGCUUUGCCAGGAAUAGAAUGGACUUGUUCAUGGGCGGGGACUUUAAGAAGCAAAAGACAAUGGAAAAUGAUAGUGGACUAUGUCAGGAAGAUGUGAAACAAGGCAUAAAACAGACUUCAGCAGCUAACUAUCAAUUUGGUCCUUUUGCUCCUGCCUUUGUAUCCAAAGCUGGAAGCUCUGAGAAUAAAGUGAAGCAGGUGCAUGACUGGGAGAGUCUCGCUACUGAACAUUGCCCUCAGUAUCAAAACCAAGGCAAUUAAGCAUUUUCAUCUCUGCAAACACUUUGAAAGAACUUUACUCUCAUUACAUGGAAGCAUGGAAAUCUUGGUACUCUGAAGUUGCUGGGAAGAGGUCAACGCAAGUUUUGUAGUAACUUAUAUGCAACAAAGUCAAAUAAAAUAGUUUUUUUUUUCUUUCGAAAAGAGAGAUAUUCCAUUGUAGUGUACUUAGACACAUUCUAGAUGUGCCAACAUAGAAUGUACGGAUUUUUUUAGCUGUGACGCUUGGCCUAAUAUCUGAUUAGGCUGUACUUGGGAAAUUCUAUAUCACACCUCUUUGUGCAAAGGGAAAUCUUGUUUGCUUGUUUGCAGCUGUUCAUGUUAGAAAGUCUUAAUAUACCUUUAAUAUAAGGUUGCACGUUAGAUUCUUUAUUAAUUUAUGGGUCAAAUUGGUGUCUUGAUUCUA